AUGCGAACAGGUCUGUCUUGCCAGCUGUGUGCUCUCUCCCACCCAAAAGCAGGAGAGACUCAGACAGCAGAGCUUGGAGUAGCCCACGCAGUCAGUUAGCAGCAGCAGUGCGUGUGAAGGCGGGCGCUUGAGGGCAGCAAGAUGGAAUCAGAAAGAGAAAUCAUCGACCUCCAACCUGGGAACCUCAACCCCCGGAGGAGCCAGCCCAUCAACCUGAACCACUAUGCCACCAAGAAGAGCGUGGCAGAGAGCAUGCUGGACGUGGCCCUCUUCAUGUCCAACGCCACGCGGCUGAAAGCGGUGCUGGAGCAGGGACCGGCCUCCCACUACUACACUGCCCUUGUCACCCUCAUCAGCGUCUCUCUGCUCCUGCAGGUGGUCAUUGGAAUCCUCCUCGUGGUCAUUGCACGGCUGAACCUCAAUGAGGUAGGAAAGCAGGGCCAGCUUAACCAGCUCAACAACACGGCCACCAGCCUGGUCGCCAUCACGAUCGUCAUCAAUGUCUUCAUUACAGCCUUCGGGGUACACAAGACAGGCUCCCUGACUGCCAGGACCUCAAGGAAUCCUCUCUGAACAUAGCCUUGGGACCCAGGUCCUAGGUCUGGAACAGCUUCCGCCUCUCUCCUACCCGCUCUGCUAGGCUGAGGGGCCCUUUCCACAGCCCCUGGGAGAGCUUGAGAAGGGCAAUGGAGAUGCCCUUGCUCCCCACCCAGAGCAUCUGUAUGAAGAUGUGCUAUUUCACUGGUCUGAGUGAAUCCCAUCUUGGGCUGGAGUCCUGAGCUCAGAAUGGGGUACUGCCGACCUUUCUUUCUGGUAGUAUCUCCUGCACCUGAGGCGUGUCUACCUAAGGCCAAGCCCGCCCGGCUUUAGGACUUCUUACUCCACCUCAUCCCUUUCCUCCAUCCUAUC